GCCGCGGUGCGACCGCGCUGUCUUCUUCUUCUUCUUGGCUUUUCUCAUUUUCCAGCUCCGGCGCACGUCUUUCCCCGGGCCCAGCUCUCGCUCUCUGGACGGAUUUACAGCCGAACACACGGACAGUGAUGUCGGAGUACAGCACGGUGCCACCGCCUCCCGGGGCCGGAGCAGCAGCGGCGGCGGCAGCAGCAGCGGCGGCAGCAGCACUGGGAACCGGCGGGAUAAAGAAGGACGCGUUCGCGGACGCGGUGCAGCGUGCACGGCAGAUCGCGGCUAAGAUCGGUGGAGAUGUUGCAGGAGGACCUGUGAGCAAUAACGGUGGUACGGAGGGUUAUCCUUUCUCAGCACAGAAACGAUCGCUGGAGGACGGAGAUCAGCCGGACAGUAAGAGGAUGGCUCCUCAGAGCGACAGGGACAAUGCUACAGCGCUGUCUAUCAGCGCUCAGCUGGCUGCUCUCUCUCAGCAAAGCGGACGUCCUUCUGCUGUAACGGAGGAGUACAGAGUUCCUGACGGCAUGGUGGGACUCAUCAUUGGUCGAGGAGGAGAACAGAUCAAUAAGAUCCAGCAGGAGUCGGGGUGUAAGGUUCAGAUCGCGCCAGACAGUGGAGGUUUACCUGACAGAAGUGUCUCUCUCACUGGGUCUCAUGACGCCAUUCAGAAGGCCAAGAUGCUGUUAGAUGACAUUGUGUCACGGGGGCGGGGCACACCGCCCACCUCCUUUCACGAGGCUAAUGGGAGUGGCCACAUGCAGGAGAUCAUCAUCCCGGCAGGAAAAGCCGGCCUCGUCAUCGGCAAGGGUGGAGAAACCAUCAAACAGCUCCAGGAGCGUGCUGGCGUGAAGAUGAUUUUGAUACAGGAUCCAUCUCAGGGACCGAACAUGGACAAACCACUUCGCAUCAUUGGAGAACCCUACAAAGUGCAGCAAGCAAGGGAGAUGGUGCAGGAGAUCCUCCGUGAGCGGGAUCAGUUCGGAGACCGGAAUGAAUACGGCUCGCGUAUGGGGGGAGGAGGAGGAGGAGGAGGAAUAGAGGUGUGUGUGCCUGUGCCGCGUCACUCGGUGGGCGUUGUGAUCGGCCGAAACGGCGAGAUGAUCAAAAAGAUUCAGAACGAUGCAGGAGUCAGGAUACAGUUCAAACCAGAUGAUGGUAGUGGCCCUGAUAAGGUCGCUCACAUCAUGGGGCCCCCUGAUCGCUGUGAGCACGCAGCCGGCAUCAUCAACGAGCUCCUACAGAGCAUCCGCGUCCGAGAGGAGGGUGGAGCGGGACCCCCUGGUCCUCCUGGGACAGGUAUGCCUCCAGGUGGGCGUGGUAGGGGGCGUGCCCCAGGUAACUGGGGUCCCCCAGGUGGCGAGAUGACCUUCUCUAUCCCCGCCCACAAAUGCGGCCUGGUGAUUGGCCGAGGAGGUGAGAACGUGAAGUCGAUCAACCAGCAGACGGGCGCGUUCGUGGAGAUCUCGCGCCAGCCGCCGCCCAACGGAGACCCCAACUUCAAACUGUUCACCAUCCGGGGGAAUCCGCAGCAGAUCGAUCAUGCCAAGCAGCUCAUCGAGGACAAGAUCGAGGGUCCUCUGUGUCCUGUAGGUCCCGGGCCUGGUGGUCCCGGAGGUCCUGGAGGGCCUGGUGGUCCUGGUCCAGCUGGCCCAAUGGGUCCCUACAACCCGAACCCGUAUCAGCCCGGACCUCCAGGAGCCCCACCUCAUGGCGGCCCUCCAGGUGCCCAUCAGUACCCCCCUCAGGGGUGGGGAAAUGCCUACCAGCAGUGGCAGCCGCCUGCUCCUCAUGACCCCAGUAAAGCUGCGGCGGAUCACAGUGCCGCCUGGGCAGCGUAUUAUGCGCAGUAUUACCAGCAGCCUGCUGGAGGCGCCAUGCCCGGCCAGGCACCCAGCGCACAGCCCGCUGCUCCCGCCCCCACUGACCAGAACCAAGCGGCCCAGAACACAGGACAGCCCGACUACACCAAGGCCUGGGAGGAGUACUACAAGAAAAUGGCUCAGGCAGGUGGUGGCGCUGCUCCAGCAGCAGGUGGCGCUCCAGCAGCGACAGGAGCAGCAGGACAGCCUGACUACAGCGCUGCCUGGGCCGAGUACUACAGACAACAAGCAGCUUAUUACGGCCAAAACGCACAGAACCCCGGACAGCCUGCAGCCACGCAGCAGGGCCAACAGGCGCAGUAAACUUCCACACCCACAUGGACUUCUGCCCCGUUUGCUUUCCCCCCUCCUCCUCCUCCUCCUCCCCCCGUUGUCGCGCGUCCUCCUGCAACUGACAAAUGGACACGAACAAACACGCGACCUUGUAAAUGAUCCGUUUCUCUCUUCUUGUAAUUUCUCUCCCCACUGAUGGACUAAACCAAGCGUAGCUGAUAAUUUUUUUUUUUUUUAAUAUUUUCUUCUUUUCCUUCAUCCUCUAAAUGUGAUUAAAAUCCGUCGCCAGGGAAACGAAAGGGAUGCUUUUGAAUCAUUGCCAGCUAACCCACCUCCCUUACAUGGACUCGCACUUAAUGUCUUUUUUUUUUUCUCCUUUAUUCUUCCUCUUUCUGUCACUUUCUUCCCCAAUUAAGGUGUUAUUGCAUCUAAAACUGGUGUAAAAAUCAUUUGUUUGUUUUUUAGACUUUUUAAUUUUAUUUUAAAAAUGGAAAUCGGUUGAGUUUGGAACAUUCCUAGUGUCUCUCCCUGACCCACUCAUUUGGAGGUGUGUGUGUGUGUGAGAGAGAGAAAAUGAAUGAAUGAAUGGACAUGUCUGACAUCUACUCCGCCCCUCCCGUUCUCCUCCCAGGUUCAUGAAGCUCUGAUGUUAUAUAGAGGUGUAUAUUGAACGCUUGGGUUUUUUUUUUUUUUUGGUUUGUUUGUUUUUUUACCGCUUGUUUUUAAAACCUUCACAAUAAAAAAGGAAACGAAAUGCAGACUGUUCUUGUCUUCGUUCACUUCGCUACCGAGUCAGUACAUGUACAAAAAAAAACUUUAACGUGGACUCAUGUGAUCCAGAAUCUCACUCGAGACUGUAAGAGGUUUCUUUUUUGUUUGUUUUUUUCUCCUUUCUGUAACGUUUCAAUGAAAUCUGACAGCUGUGAACGCAGUGCAGUUUUUGUCCAGCAGGAGAAGUGGCGCUAUUGAGCAGAAACUGAUCUCUGAUGCUUCCUGAGAGGAAGAGAAACUAAUCAAGUGGAUCACCAGCGUGCAGCCAAUCAGGACACGGAAAGGUGUGUGCGUGUGUGAGAGAGAGAUUUACACCUGAACCCUCUGUUUUUAUAAUUUGUACCAGUUAUUUAUUGUAAUGUACGGUGAAUAUGGAUACAUUAAACAUGCAGAGUUUCUCCUAAUCACUGAAUUAGGAAAUAAAA